AAAUCAAUAUUGGUUAAUAUAGUUAACGAGUUUUUUUGCUACGCUCCCAUUAAUUUGGAUGAACCGAUAAAACGAAAUAAACAAACCAUAUUUUAUGGCGGACCUGGUUCAUCACAUUGAUGACGUAAUCAGACUCGCAACAGCAACAAGAACCCGCACACACUGUGACACCCAGACAGCCGCUAGUUUAGUGUCUUUAUUCUGGUCCGUUUCUAAUACCUAAACCUUCAUUAAAAGAGGAGACAGGUGAAAAUGGCUCAGUGAAAGACUGCAACAGAGGUAUGGUCGCUGGGAAAGUUUCCUGUCAACGAUAAUGCCUCCAAGGAAGAGACCCCUCAUUCCUGUUAGUGCAAGACGGCGGCCAAAAGAUGAUGACGAUUACUUCCCCUUUAACUUGCUGCCAGUAGAGUGUCAGCUCCAUGUGCUUUCAUUCCUGAGUGAGGUGGACAAGUGUAACUCAGCGCUUGUGUGCUCUAGCUGGAGCUGCCUGGUGCGCUCUGGGAAACUGUGGAGAGUUGCAGACUAUUCUCGCCGUGGAGUGUUUCGUCUUGGACAGGAGGGAUUACUCGUGUCCAACAGAGAAUUUGAGCGUUGGAAGGCAUGGGUUCACCAUUAUACUCAUCAUCUCAUAUCUCGUGGGGCUAGUCUGCUUACUCUCAAAGCAAGCUUUGAUUUGGGGGACCAGUGCAAUAAAUGGGAAGAACUCCUCUCUCAUCUGUUGGAAAAUGUCCAUUGUAGGGAUCUCAGUCAUUUAGACUUGAACUGGACAUUCACUCUGCUGGAGCCAUUGGAUCUCAGAGUCCACUCUGGUUCUAGCUCACAUCAGGAUGUCAUCACUAAAAUGGACCAGGUUAAUAAUUUUCAGAUCCUUCUAGCCAAACUAGCCCAGAGCUGCCCGCGAAUCACCAAGAUGCGGCUGCACUUUGAUUGGUCUGACAAGUCAGUAGCGUUAAUAACUCAGUUUCAACACUUGCGGAUUUUGGAACUUAAGUACUUCUGGGUCUUUAAAGGGGUGAGUCCAAGCACCUUGCAGACACUGACUAAAUCACUGCCUAACCUCAAAUCUCUUACUCUCAACGUUUUAGUGCCACUACGGAAUUUGGGCAUUUCAUACACUCUUGAAUCACUGUCCCUGGAAUUCCUUGAUGUUUCCCUCAGCCGAGGUCUGGUCUUCUCUUGCCUCAAACUGCCUACGCUGAGAGAACUGCGGGCUAAAAAGAUUGUGCGGGGGAUUACUCUGGACCGCCGGACCAGGCUCCGAAUCCAGAGUAGGUGGCCUUGCCUGUAUCAGGUCUUGCGGGAGGGGACGCCAAAGCUACAGGUGCUCAACAAUGAACGACUCCUUCCAAACUGGAAAGAGCAGACUUACGAUGAGCUCACUUCCAUUCUCCAGCAGUCUUGUUACUGUCUGCAGCAUCUGGAUAAUUGGAUCUGGUAAACAAAUGGUCAGAAAUAAGGGCACAAAUCUUUCAAGACUUGUUGAAGGACGAUGAAUCAUUUAUGAAACUGAUAAACACCGGUCACCAUUUAUUAAACAUGUAUCAUGAUUCACAACAAAAUGAGACACCCAAAAACUGAAAGAGAUCAUGUGAAGUAUAGGUGUGCAGGCAUUUGAGUUUUCAGACCAAAUAACAAAAUAUAAUGUUUGAAGGCUAGCUGAACAGUUUAGUUUUAUCAAGUGAAUUAAACGACCCUGCUCAAGAGCUAAAAUCAUACAACAUGGGGGAUGCAAAGUAUGGUGUGGUUUAGAUCUUGGCCUAUAUCCUUCCCUCAGUUUCUCAAUACAGAGUCCUUGGAAAAUGGGUGUUGGUCAUCUCUAUUAGUUCAAAUAUGUUGUUGUAUACCAACAGAAAAGCAUGUUUUUUCAAUUUCUAUUUUAAAAUUCCCUUCUAAAUGUUUCCUAUAGAUUAAACUACUAAUAGAAUAAAGUCACCAUUCCAGACUCUCAUUAAAUUUUUAAUUUUAAACACUGAUUUAAUCAGAUAUCAGUCUUAAUCUUUUUUUAAAUUGAGGGAUUUAUUCAGCAGACUGACCACUAUGCUCACGCUGACAUUACAGAUUACAGAGACGUAAGUCAUUCUUUUUCUCAUAUUUAACACAAAAUGAGCAAGUAUAUCUGUAGCUGGUUUUAUGAAAGUGGUGGUGCACAGACUUGCAGAAAUUCCAAAGAUCUAAAGGACCAACUGAUGUGAAAUGUUUUCAUAUAUUGCAUAUAUACUACCCCUGAAUUUUUAUGCAUAGAGAGAACAAGUCUUUUAUGUGUAGUGCUUCAUACUUAUCCAUAGAGGUCCUCUUAGCUUCAGGUUUUGUACAAGCAGCAGCAUUUUCCCUCUGUGCUUAUUAUCCUAAUUUAUUAGUUUGCACUGAUUUUUUUUAAAGGCAAUCAAAUAAUUCAGUGGUUAAUGAAUAUUGAAUUGUUAAAGACUGCCAGAAUAAAAUUGACUGGUUUGACUGUCAA